UUACUGAUGAAUGUCAAAGUAAUCCGUGCAGCCAUUACUGUAUUGACACUCCUGAAAGUUUUUACUGUAGGUGUCGGGAAAACUUCCACUUGUUCAUUGAUGAAAGGACAUGUUUACCAGAUAUACCUAGACUGGAUGCUGUACCCAGAAGACUCAAAUACUCUUUAUUUGCUAAUGUGCUUCAAAGCCGCCCAGAAUCAGUUCAGUAUUACCGGAUCCAUAAUCAAACGAAAAAUUUCACUGAAGCAUCUAAGAUAUGUGCAGAGUUUGGCGGCAUUUUGCCAACUAUUUAUAUGCAGUAUGACCACAGAUAUAUGUAUGAUACACUGAUUGGCCAUACAAACUGCAGUAGAUGGCUUUUAGGUUUAAAGGGAAAGUCUCUGAUGAAUAGUGCCUGGCAGGAUGGCAGGUGGCUCGACUUUGGACUUUUUGAAGACACCGUACCUGAAAAUGCAACAGAGGAACAAGUGGUUUUCAUGGAUUCUGAACUGUUAUUUAUUUGGAAAUAUGGACCUAUUUCAACAACGAAUGGUUGUAUUGUUUGCCAGUAUAAAGAAAAUGACUGUGACCUAUCAGUACUGACAGGAUAUUGGACAAUCCCCCGAACUGCGUGGAAAGCUUCAGGAGACAUAUUACAAAACACCAACAUUGAUUACGUUGUCCUUAACUUGGCAAACGGUCUGAACUUUUUCAAGACUACAGAACCAAAGGGAUACAUUCAGGUUGACCUUCAACAAGAUUUUUUGCUCUAUGUAUUCAAGUGCAGUUCAUUUGAUGGAGACAGACUGAAAGCUGUUAAUCAUUCAGGCAAUAUCAUCCUACCAUACAGCUUCAACAUCAAAUAUUCUUUGUCAGAGUUUGUAAGCUUCUCAAAGAUUAAUGAUUCAAGCGGGAAGGAAUUGAAAUUUUCCUGUGGAUCUAGUGCAAUGGAUAUUAAGUCAACUCAUUUGCCAUCACUUGUGGUCCGAUUUCUUAGAAUAUCUUGGAACUUUAAGGCAUUGAAAGUAUCUUUUACACUUGCUAUGGAACUGUUUGGAUGUCCCACACAAACCUCUGCUUCACGUCAAAAAAACCCUCAGUGCGGAACUCAUAACAGUUUUUAUCUUCCGACAUCUCGUAAAGCCUACCAGUGCCUGUACUCUCGGUGUCCUCUGGCUGUGGAAACAUGUGGUUCUUUCAAAUACUAUUACUUUCCGCCUGGAUCAGAUCCUGUCUGUUCACCAGAUAAUCCUUGUUCUAAACUUCCAUGUCCGGAUGGCCAAGUAUGCGUGAACGACAAAACAAAUCACUCAUGUCAUUGUCCAGUAAAAGUGGAGGGAAGUUGUGAUUAUGUGUCUAAUAUGUAUGUUAUGGUGGAAAAAAGUGCAGUGCGAGAAUUUGAUGUUCUUACAUUCUACAUGGUUGUGACAGAUGCAUCAAAUGCAGAUUCUCAGUACAGUAUCAGCAUAACAGAAGACUACACUUGCAGUCCUGCCUUCACUACAAUAAAAUCGGUCUCAAUGGGCAGGCAUAAAUGUACCACAAUACAGUAUUACGCAAGAACAGGAGGUUCGCAUACAGCUAUAGGCAUGCACAGUUUUCCAGGAGGAGUCUCUUUCAGUAAUCCAGUUAAUUUUAGGAUUAUGUAUCAUAACGCAAUCACCAGGAAGUGUCUGUCCCAUUUACAGGUAGAUGGUACUGCAUUAAAACUACAGAUGGCCUUUCCAUAUUACAGAUGGCAGCCUUUGAAUUUCAUCCCGUCUCUUCCGACAAAAUGCAAUGAUUUGUGGGUGAAACCAGAUGAUUUUAGAAUAACAGAACAUAAAUGGUCAUUGAGUUUAUAUAAUUUUAAUGAUUUUGAACGCUGCUACACUGAGGAAGACUUUACAUUUUUAAAUAUAACUAAUUUAGAACGAGAGGAUCUUCUGGUCUUACCUGAGAGACAACUAGACCUGGGGAUUUUUAAAGUUUGCUUGAGUGUUAAUAGUACACUAUUGGGGAAGACCUACAAAAAAAGAUCCUGUGGAUAUUUUCAAGUAGUUUCAUCUCCUUUGAAAAUUGUUCUUGAGCCUUUUGCAUCUUAUAAGACCAUUCCAAAUAAUCAACCAAUACAGUUGAAUGCUUCAGAAAGCUUUGAUCCAAACUCUGGGACAAGAUCUGGCAUCAUAUUCAACUGGUAUUGUGCAAUAAAAGAUACGAAUGCCACUUGUGAAUUUGUAAAAUCUGUGUCGGAAGAUGAUUCAAUAAAACAGAAUUAUUUAAACCACUCAGUAGAAACAGCUUCAGUUUUGAACAUAGAAAAAUCUACACUGGAAGUGGGCCAAACAUAUCUGCUAACUCUGAAGAUAACAAAACCAAAUGUUAAAGGUGCCUGUAGGACAGUUACCAUCUUCAGUGCUCCUACAAAUGUUCCACACCUUAUUAUUAGAUGUGAAAUAAACUGUAAAGAUAUAGUCAUUCCAUCUAAUCGUUUCAAACUGACGCUUGACUGCACCAACUGUGGGUCUGAUGUUGUCCUCGAAACGCAGGUAUGGAAGCUUUCAAGUAAAAAAUAUGGUCUCAUAUCAUUUUCAAGAUGGGGAUCAAAGUCAACCUCUGGUAACAACAGAAAUACACUGGAGUUACAAGAAGAUGCCCUCAAUGUGUCUACUAAAUAUUAUUUUGAAGUUUUAGGCUAUACGAAGAACAGUGUGGGAAGGGCAGUAUAUGAGUUUGAGACCAACACCCCACCAUCAGGUGGGUCAUGUUUCAUCACUCCCAAAUCAGGCUCUCCUAUGUUCACCUACUUCACUGUACGCUGCAAUGGAUACCUUGACGCACACCUACCUCUGACCUACAAAAUAUCCCUGAAAAGAGAAGACAAAGAAGAUUAUGGGUUGUAUUAUGGAGAAUUAAGCACAGUCAAUUUCCUCAUACUUCCAGAGGGGCAACAAGAAUUGGAUUACAGACUAAAUAUUACAGUUGCGAUAGAGGAUAAACUUAAAACCAGCACAAUAGUUCCAUUGUCUGUUCGGGUUCAGAGUAAAGACAUUUUUAGUCCAGCUUUUUUGUAUGGAAUUACCCAGACACUUGUCUCUAUGGAGAAUGAAACAUUGCAGAAUGGAACAGAAGGUUUUCUCCUUCUAGCAAAGAGUGUUGUAGAGAUGCUUGGGAAAACACCAAAGGAAAACCUAACCGAUGAUGAUAAACAGUACAAGGAAAAAAUUCAUGAGCUGAUAAUGAAUGCUCUUUCCAAAACUAGCCUACAAAAGUCACAAACAUUAAUGGAGGUGACUAACUUUGUGGCUCGGAUCUUGUCACAGGAAGACCGCUUGUCCGACAGUAUGGAGAAAUAUAGCCUGAAUAUGAUCAAGUAUCUGAAAGAUGCCUUGAGUAACAUAUCACAGAAUGAGCCUAGGGAAGCCAAAGAUAUUGCCAGGUCUCAGUUUUCAAUACUGGAUACUAUGGUUGGCUUUUUAACCAACAAUUAUGUAUCAAAAGGAGUGGUUGGAAAUAUUUCAAGUCCAGCUGCAGCAGAAUUACGGAAACAGCUGAAGAAUGUAACAGAAUUCUUGGAUCCUAUAUUUGAGGUCAUUGCUGAUACUUUGCUCAAUGGAUUUUCCUCCCUUUUGGAUCCACCGCAAAAGAUCAUAAUGAAGCAAACCGCGCUGUCCGUGAAAUGGAGUGAUGUCAACAUUGAGGAACUUUUUCUCACUGUAAAUUUGGAAGACCUAGAUGACAUUGGUAGUACUCUCAUCUUUCCCAUGGCCAGCAUUUUCUCCAAUAAUAGCCAGACCAAUACUUCUGUUGAUGUUCAGAUGUUGUUUUUGUUGAAUAAUCAACUUUUGUGGACAUCGACAGCACCUCACAUUAAUUUGCCAGUGAUGAAAAUUGUGCUAAAAAGUCAUGGAGGAUUGUACCCACUUGAACUAAGAAAUCUUGCUAAGCCUGCAGAUAUCUUCAUAGCGGCCAAGUUUUCAGAUGUUGUGAAAGAUGAAAUAUAUUCUGUGAAUGCUUCAUUUAACACUGCCAACAUGUUUCUGAAGACAUCUACUACUCUGAAAUUAUUAAUUGAGUCAAUCCAAAGCAAGACACAUAUUUUGAAAAUUGUUCCUGCUUUUAAGAAAUUGAAACUACUCGUUACUUGGGGAUCCAGUGAUUUAGAUAACAGCACUAAAGAUAUUGUAGUGAAUUCAUCGGAAUGGCCCAUCCCAGAGCAGAAUGUGAAAACAUACAGGAAUCACAAACAGGAUCCGCAGCUGUUAUUUUUACCUGAAGAUAUUCUUGGAAAGAAACAUACUCAUUUCUUUGUUCUUAUCAAAGCUAAGCCUGGACAGAUUCUUGAUGAAGAUAUUAGGUCAGAGACCGUGGACAUCAAGAUUCACAUAAAUUCAUUUACUGCUGAAUGUUCCUACUGGAAUAAACAAUUUGAUGAGUGGAGACAAGAUGGCUGUAAGGUCGCUCCUUUUACUAGCCAGAUCAAGUUACAUUGUCAGUGUAACCAUCUUACAUUGUUUUCUGGUGGCAUUUUUAUUGCACCCAACACUGUGGAUCUGUUUGGCGAUGUGAGCCUUUUCCUGACAUUCUUUAACAAUCCUGUGGUCAUCGCAGUUGUUGUAUCUGUCUGGCUUCUUUUCUUCCUGUUAGUAGCUUGGGCGCGCAAUGAAGAUAUUAAUGACACACGAAAGAUAGGUGUCACUGUGCUUGCUGACAACCAUCGGACAGAUCACUAUGUGUAUCUUAUCUGUGUGGUGACUGGCUGGUGGGCUCACGCUGGUACCACCUCCAGAGUGUUCAUUUACCUGUCCGGUAAGAGAGGUCAGUCCAAUCGUCAUGCUCUGUACGACCGCGAGCGCCAUCUCUUCACGUCAGGGGCAGAGAACUGGUUUCUGCUGAAAACCAGGCAGUGCCUUGGCAAGAUUAAAUCUGUUGUCAUUUGGCAUGACAACAGUGGAAACAAUCCGUCAUGGUACCUAAAAGAAGUUGUGGUUACGGAUAUUCAGACCGAUGAAACAUGGCAUUGUGUCUAUGACAACUGGAUCAGUGUCGAUAAAGGACCUAGAGCUGUUUAUGCAGAUAUUCCUGCCUUUGAUCCGCAGAUUGUUGCCAGCAAGCAUCUGUACCAGUAUGUACAGAAAUUAAGCCAAGACUUUCGCAACAGUCACAUAUGGAUAAGCAUAUUCUCGAAACCACCGACGAGUGAAUUCACACGUCUCCAGCGACUUACGUGUGCCCUCUGUCUCCUGUUGUCAGCCAUGCUGACCAGCAUCAUGUUCCAUGGUAUACCUCAAGAUGAUCCAAAAGAUCAGAUUGAUUAUGGAGAUUUUCACCUGUCACUCGUUGACUUUGUUGUUGGUAUUGAGAGUGCAUUGUUGGUGCUUCCUUUCAAUUUGAUAAUCAUUCAUAUGUUUUGCUCCAUACAACCUAGACAUGAUUAUUCCUCAAAGCCAGAAAGAGUUAGGUCUAAUGACAUAGAAAGCACACACGAGUUGUUGGACUCUGGGAAGAGUUCUAGGUCUCUUAGAACAGAUUUAGAAAUAUCAUUUCAUCAGAAAAAGGAAAAGAAAAGGAAAUGCUAUCAAUAUAGACUGCCAUGGUACUUUCUCUAUGUUGCAUAUUUCUUAUCGAUCACAGUUUCCGUCAUCUGUUCAUACGUUAUCAUGUUGUAUGGCUUGAAGUAUGGCUACCACAAAAGUGUAUCAUGGCUCAUUUCGUUUCUGACAUCAUUCUUCCAAAGUGCAUUUGUUACAGAGCCAUUGAAAGUCUUUGUGGUGGCUCUUAUGUUCACUUUGAUAUGUAAAAACUCAGUGAAGUACAGCAGUGGAAAAAUAAACAAAGCUUUAGCUGAAGACGAGGUGUAUUUGCAGCAGGACUUACUUGAGAUGGACGGAGUUGUACGGUCUCAUUCAGAUGAAGCACCUGGUGUUUAUGUGCCGCCGAUAUCACCACGCCUCCUCAAGGAGAUUCACAAGCGAGUUCGGCUCGAUCAACGUACAGUGGACAUCCUACAGGAGAUUAUCAUGUAUUUUUUAUUUGUUGCCAUCGUCUUCCUGGUGGUGUUGGGACAUAGCAAUGUCCGAAAGUCGUAUCUUGUAACCAAGAGCAUUGAAGAUAUUUUUAUUCAUGCAUAUUAUGCUGACAAUGAUGAACCUUUUUAUAAGUUGGCAAUGUCUGGAACAGAGAAAGGGAAAGGUGUGACGGACCCGGUAUCUAUGUGGAAAUAUCUGAAUAUGACACUUUUGGCACAUAUGGUUUCUGGGAAGCACCAGUCAGUUGCCAAUUCAGCAGCAUAUCUUGUGGGCAGGACAAGACUGCGACAAAUACGAUUAAACAGAGAUGAAAUCUGCAUCAGUAUUGUGGAAGUGAAAUCGGUACACAAGUGUCUUACACCUUUUACCUUUGGUGCUGAAGAUACUAGGACUUACAAUGAAAACUGGGAAAACGAAACCGCUGUUAAUGGAAGCUCUAUGUGGUCAUACCAGCCUGGCAGACAACUAGAUACUCUACCAACUAUGGGAAAGCUUGCCAUCUAUCCUGGUGGAGGAUAUGUUGUUCAGCUACCAAGAAAUGUCAGUCUGGCACGCGAGCGUUUAGAUGAUAUACAACAGACAGCAUGGAUUGAUGAAUACACACGUGCAGUGUUUGUGGAAUUCACCCUCUUCAACCCAAACGUCCAGCUGUUUACCAUGGUGAUACUGAUGUUUGAAUAUUCCAAUACUGGUUUUGUGAUGCCCUACCAUCAAAUCUACACUGCUAACUUCUAUCACUACGAAAAUGAGUUUGAGACAUUUGUUGCUGCUUGUGAGAUCGCCUUUGUUCUCUUUCUGCUUUGCUUUACAUAUGUGGAAAUCAAGAAGUUUUACAAACAGAAGUGGUACCGCUACUUUAGUGAUCACUGGAGUGUUGUUGAACUUACCAUCUUGGCUUUAGGAUACACUGUUAUUGGCAUCUGUAUCAAUCGGCUUGUUAUUUGCAACUAUUUGUUUGACAGAUUUGAUAAGACCGAUUUUGAAAGGUUUAUCAGUUUUAACAUUGCUGCCUUUUUUGAUACAUUACUUAGAUAUAUUAUGUCAAUUUUAAUCUUGUUUACAGUCGUCAAAUUCUUCAAGCUGCUUCGUUUUAAUGCCCGGUUAUCGAUGCUUGCACAAACACUUUCCUUUGCAAAAUUUAAGCUUGUAUCAUAUGGCUUUGUUUUCUCUGGAUUCAUCAUGGCGUUCUCAACAUUUGCUCUCCUUGUUUUUGGUUACACAUAUCAAGGAUUCAGAAAUUUUUUCUCCACAAUUCUAACCUUGUUCACCUUUAUGCUUGGGAAGCAUGAUUAUUAUGGUCUUCAAGAAGCCAAUUUCGUUCUUGGUCCUAUAUUUUUUUUCUUGUUUUCAUUUUCAUUUCAGUUUAUGUUGACGCAUUAUUUUAUCAUACUUUUGAUUGAUGCAUUUCAUGUUACAAAAGGUCGAAUAUCCAGUGUUAAAACCGAAGUCCAUAUGGUUAACUUCAUAAUGAGAAGGUUUCGUUUGUUGAUGGUUUUCGAUAAAAAGAAGAAAAAGGCAAAGCUAGACAAAUUGUAUGGGGAGCAUGACACAAUGCAUAAUUUUUAAAUAUCAUACUUAGGCAAAGAAUUGUCUUUGAUUUAAACUUUUGCUCCAUGCAACAUUCAUCCUUACAUGCACCCAAAUUAAACUCCUUUAUAAAUACCUUUUAACAUCAUUAGCAAAUCAUAAAAUGUUUAAAAUAAUGACAGAAAAUUUAAGCUACAUGUGUAUGGUCACAUUAUUUUAGAUCCAAACAGGAUCCAUUGACUUGAGUGCAGCCCUUUUAACAUAUUCUAGUAGGCACUUCUCUUUGUCAGUGGGCGGGACAUAUGUAAGUGGUAAUGUAGUUACUUGAUGUAUCGUCGGUCGGGGAUCGAUCCCCAUUGGUUAUCCGAUUGGGCUAUUUCUCAUUCCAGCCAGUGCACCAUGACUGGUAUAUCAACGACCAUGGUAUGUACUAUCCUGUCUGUGGGAUGGUGCAUAUAAA